UAUGUGGUGUUCCUCACUUUAUAAGUGUGAGUUUCAUCUUAUAUGCCAUAAAUUUGACCUCUCACAUAAUACCCAGCCCUAAAACAACCAUUAUCUGCGGUGCGAAGUGGAACUGGCUGGCUUCACAGUUUCACACCGGCAGCUACUCUAAGACGUUUCUGUAGCAUCAAGCCGCAGCCGUCAACAACAGUUUUAUCAUCAUACAUGGCCUACGAGUUAGAAUCCAGCGAGUGAAAAUGGCUCAUCUUCCCCCAAACGCCGCAAUAUUUUCGCCCUCAGUCGCACGCGCCGCCGCCUCAGCUGCCAAAGACUGGUCUUACAUCGACGCCUGGCUGCACCGCAAGUUCCCCCGCGGCCCGCCAUCUUUUGAGCGCAAUGCCGACACUCUACGGGUAUUACUGGCUCUCGCCGUCGCCAACGAGGCAGCCGACGAGGAGCGAGCCAUGAUCGCGCGGCUCGAGGCCGAGGCGCUAGACCAACUCCGAGCCCACCAGGCCCAGUCACACUCACAGUCCGAGCCAGACAAUAACAACAACAACAACAACCCACUCGGCGACGCCCGCGAAGCAAUUCUCGCCUCUCUCGAAAGGUCCCUCACCCGCGACGGACAGAUCGCGCUGGACAGCAUGGCCGCGCUGGCGGUCCAGAGCGGAAUCGCCCAUCCAACCCCGCCAUCCCUGGCCGAGUCCCUGAUCAGGCUGACCGCCGAGUCUCUGACGCUGGAACAGACACUCUCUCGCCUGGAUGUCCUCACGGGUUACAUGAACCGCGAAGCGGCCAGCACCCGCGUCCUCUCCGCCUCUCUCCGUCCACCCUCACCCUCACCUCACCAGCAUCCUGACGACAAUGACAAUAACGCCCCCGAAGCCGCCCGCAAACCGCAAGCCAACGACGACGACGACAAAUCAAGUCCAUGGCAGCAAUGGCAAGGCUACCAUCCACCUCCCACCCUGGCCCUCCAAAACCUCGAAACCCAGCGCCGCAUCAAGGCCCUCUCCUCACGUGUACCCGAGCUGCGGGAUCGGGCUAAAUCACUUUCCUCCCCGACCACCACCAGUAAUACCCCCUCGAUCGAGCAGGUGCGACAGGAAGAGGAGUCCUACCUGGCGCUGCAGGCACAGAAGCAGGACCUCGAGGCACAGGUGCGCGCGUUCCAGGGCCUGCCGCCCGACACGGAGCGGGCGCGGCACGAGCUCGAGAGCCUGCGAGCCGAGUUGCGGCGCAUGGAGAUGCGCCGCGACGAGGUGUUUGAGGGCUUGGUCGAGCGGGCUUCGCCUAGAAAGGGUGGGGGAGGGGGGCGAUCCGGGUUGGGGUAGAUUGCGGGGUAGGGAGGAAGUAAAGAGUGCCGACGGAGAUGUGGGUGAGGAAGAGGGUUGUGUUGAUCUACUGUCCGCUAGACGAGUGGUUACAAAUAGCCGCGCGGGGAUUGUACGGACCUUGUGACUUGUACUGGAUAGUACUUGUAUGUACACCCAAGGAGUAGUUGUUGUGGCAACAAUGAGUUUUGCAGUUUACGUUGA